AUGUCCUGUGUUAUAUUGAUACUUGCACCUCCUGUAUCUCAGCCCUAAUAAUUAAGGAUAUGGAAUCAGAUGGCCUCAAUUCUCAGAUACUGUGGAAGAAAGAAAAUGUAGAACAUCAGGGGUGCUGGACAUUGACUCCCACGGUUUUCACAUCAUCCGGACGUCGAACAUUCUAAACAGACAGCCAAGAACCAGAAUCCACGAACAUUCAUGGGCAAAAGAUGGAAAGGAAGUCAGCUCGGGUUUAUUCUCUGUUGAAAAUAAGAAAAAUAUUGCUGCUUCCGAACUACAGUUCAGUGAAUUCGGGACUCAGUAACUCCAUUAGUGACUGCACCCACACAGACCUUUUUCUAAAAGUUUCCACGUUUGUCCAGUUGUUUCUUCCUUGGUCCGAUGCCAAUGCCCCAUCAAUACUAUCAUCACCCCCAUUCUGCCUCUUCCAAAAGCCCGCAUCAGUCAUGGAGUCCUCUUCACCUGAAAAAAGUUUUGCAAUGGAACAAAUACGGUUGCUGCUGCUUCUAACAAUUAGAGUGCUUCCAGGGUCUGCUCAGUUCAAUGGCUACAACUGUGAUGCCAACCUCCACAGUAGAUUUCCUGCUGAAAGAGACAUCAGUGUCUAUUGUGGGGUGCAGGCCAUUACGAUGAAGAUUAAUUUUUGCACGGUACUUUUCUCGGGUUAUUCGGAAACAGAUCUGGCACUGAAUGGAAGGCAUGGGGACUCCCACUGCAGAGGGUUCAUCAAUAACAACACCUUUCCAGCGGUGGUCAUUUUUAUCAUCAAUUUCAGCACCUUGGAGGGCUGUGGAAACAACUUGGUGGUAUCCACAAUUCCUGGAAUCAGUGCUUAUGGAAAUGCAACUUCAGUGCAAAUAGGAAAUAUUUCAGGAUAUAUUGAUACUCCAGACCCACCAACAAUCAUCAGCUAUCUACCUGGGCUUCUUUACAAAUUUAGUUGUAGCUAUCCAUUGGAAUACCUGGUUAAUAAUACCCAGCUUGCUUCAACAAUGGCACAAUUUGUCAGCACUUUAGACCUGCUCCUUUAUAAUGAUUCAACCUACAACCAGCAGUUAAUUAUCCCCAGUAUGGGAUUACCUUUGAAAACCAAAGUAUUUGCAGCUGUCCAAGCCACUAAUCUGGAUGGCAGAUGGAAUGUUUUAAUGGAUUAUUGCUAUACAACUCCAUCAGGAAACCCAAAUGAUGACAUUCGAUAUGAUCUCUUCCUUAGCUGUGACAAGGAUCCUCAGACCACCGUCAUUGAGAAUGGCCGAAGCCAGCGGGGCCGGUUUUCAUUUGAAGUGUUCCGAUUUGUGAAACACAAGAAUCAGAAAAUGUCCACUGUCUUCUUGCACUGUGUUACCAAGCUCUGUAGAGCAGAUGACUGUCCCUUCCUUAUGCCGAUUUGCAGCCACAGAGAAAGGAGAGAUGCUGGGAGGAGGACGACUUGGAGCUCCCAGAGCUCUUCUGGCAGUGCGGUGCUCUCUGCUGGUCCCAUCAUUACUCGGAGUGAUGAGACUCCAACCAACAAUUCACAACUUGGUUCUCCAAGUGUGCCUCCCUUCCAGCUGAAUGCCAUCACCAGUGCACUGAUAUCAGGAAUGGUCAUUCUGGGAGUUAUGAGCUUUUCUCUUCUUCUGUGCUCACUGGCCCUUCUGCACAGGAAGGGACCCACCAGUUUAGUGUUGAAUGGCAUAAGAAACCCAGUCUUUGACUGACUGUAACAGGUGCCUCCUCUCUGGAGAAGGCUUCACUGACUAAACUAUGUGUAACUGCAGUCAGUGUUCCAUCUGAAUUUCAUGUCAGUCCACAUUCAAUAUUUGUAGGUUUGAUAAAUUUCACAGUGUAGCUUGUCAGCAUAAUGAUAGUGAAAGAAGUUUAUAAUAUUGCUAUUGUCACUGAUGUAUGUGGCCAGCCGUACUUUUAUGCCACCAAUGAAUAUAUUGACAAUAAGUGAAAAAUAUUCAGGACUUAGCUCUUCCAGGAUCAGUAAUAUUUCAUUUUAUGUCAGUUUGCUUUUGAUUGUUGGUUAAAAGAUAAAAGGUUGGAGUAGACAAAAAAUGAAAUGUGUUGCAUUUCCCCCUUAAGCAUUAAAGCCCAGUGCAGCGGCAUUUAGAUUUGCACAUGUGGUCCUAGAAUAAAUGUUGCUUUUUGUUUUAAUCCAGAUAUUCCCUGCUUCAGGAUGUGUUUUAACUGGACUGGCCAAUUUGGAUACCUGAGAUGUGACUACUCAUUCUA